AUGCGAUAUACGUUAUCGAGGAGCUCGGUUUGCGAGAUUGCACCCGUAAGGGCCCAUUACCUUGAUCCAAGAUUGAAGUCCAGGCCCACUCAAGCCCAGCAAGAAGACCUCGAGCCCACCAAGCGACUCCCUCGUAGCCAGUUAACUGCCAUCCGAGCUAUUCCGGUCGACGUAAAGACGAGCUCCAGCUCGAUCAAGGACCAGGUCGGCACUGCGAAGAAAGACGAAGUCAAAGAAGAUCUCCUUCAAAUCCGGUCUGGUCCGAGAUCACCGGGAUCGUUAGCUGCACGUGGCGAGAUACGCGGAGGUGGAUCGUAG